AUGCUGAAAGUCACCAUGCCCUCUUCCUCACCGGCUUCGUCCUCGGCUGCCUCCGGCCGGGCCCCUGCUGGCCCCGCCGCCGCCGCCGGGCCCGACUACUGGAUCGACGGCUCCAACCGAGACACCUGGGGCGACUACUACGAGCUGGAGUCCGAGCUGGGACGGGGAGCUACAUCUAUUGUGUACAGAUGCAGGCAGAAGGGAACACAGAAACCCUAUGCUGUCAAAAUCUUGAAGAAAACUGCUUUGCCUGCUGAGGAGCUCUGUGUUACUCUAAAGAAGUUGUUCCAAGAACAGGUAGACAAGAAGAUUGUUCGAACAGAAAUAGGAGUUCUACUUCGACUUUCACAUCCAAAUAUUAUAAAACUGAAGGAGAUAUUUGAAACUCCCACAGAAAUCAGCCUUGUCUUGGAGUUGGUCACGGGAGGAGAACUGUUUGACAGGAUUGUGGAAAAGGGAUAUUACAGUGAGCGAGAUGCCGCUGAUGCUGUGAAACAAAUCCUGGAGGCAGUUGCAUACCUACAUGCCAAUGGAAUUGUUCACCGUGAUUUGAAACCAGAAAAUCUACUAUAUGCUACACCAGCUCCAGAUGCAUCUUUAAAAAUAGCUGAUUUUGGACUUUCCAAGAUUGUUGCAGAUCAAGUAACAAUGAAAACAGUCUGUGGAACUCCAGGGUACUGUGCACCAGAAAUUCUUCGAGGAUGUGCCUAUGGCCCAGAAGUUGACAUGUGGUCCUUGGGGAUAAUCACUUACAUCCUUCUCUGUGGGUUUGAGCCCUUCUAUGAUGAAAGAGGAGAUCAGUAUAUGUUCAAGAGGAUUCUAAACUGUGAAUACGAUUUUGUUUCCCCCUGGUGGGAUGAUGUCUCUCUAAAUGCCAAGGAUUUGGUUAAGAAGUUAAUUGUGCUUGAUCCCAAGAAGCGUCUCAGUACAUUCCAAGCUUUGCAGCAUCCCUGGGUCACAGGAAAGGCAGCUAAUUUUGCCCAUAUGGAUACAGCCCAAAAGAAACUGCAAGAAUUCAAUGCUCGGCGUAAACUUAAGGCUGCAGUGAAAGCUGUUGUUGCAUCAACUCGUCUGGGAAGCGCAAGCUGUCAUGGCAGCCAUGACAGCAAUAAGCCCAGCCAAAACGAAUCUCCAAGUCAAGAAUGCGAUCUGGAGGAAAAAAUGGAAGAAAAAAUAGAAGCAACGGACCUCCCUGAAUCUCAGAACGUGGGCCUUCCACCAGAAGCAUCAGAAGAAGAGUCUUAGGC